AUGCUCGAAGUGACGCCCUUGCUGCCAGUACAAGUGAGUCCGCGGCCCGCGACGCUGCGCGCGCUUAUUUGGCACGUGGACCCGGGCUUGCUAUAUUUGAUUGUGAUCAACGUACUUGUCACCGUCUACGGCUCGGCCAGCUCGUCGCCACCAGACGCCGGCAUCCGCAUGGUGGUGGCCUUUUCCACCGCUGUCUUCCUCUUCGAGUACCUCUUGCGUCUCUGGUCGUGCGUCGAGGACCGUCGGUUUGCCUCCAACGCUGUGCUUGGACGUCUCGCCUGGAUGCGCCGCCCCAUGUCGCUGAUUGAUCUUGUUGCGCUCGUGCCCUACGUGGUUGAAGCGAUCGCGUGCUACAGCGCUGUGUAUGACUACCAUAUCACAGGCCUGCGCCUUCUGCGGGUCCUCGCCUUUCUGCGCAUCGAGCGGUCGUACGAUGCGGUCAAGCGCCUUCGCAUCAUCUUUCGCAAAAAGCGGCACGAGCUCUUUGUGAUCACAUACCUCACGGGCGCCGUCAUCCUCCUCUCGGGCAUCACCAUCUUUUUUCUCGAGCAAGAGGCGCAGCCAAAGGUGUUUUCCAGCAUUGGCGUCGGCGCGUGGUGGGCCGUCGAGACCAUCACGUCGCUUGGGUACGGAGACGCGGUGCCCAGGACGGUGGCUGGCCGCAUCUUUGCCUCGGUCGUCGCGCUCUGGGGCAUCGACCUCUUUGCGAUUCCAGGCGCCAUUCUCGGCAGCGGCUUUGUCGAGGUCAUGCUCAAGCACCAAACCGCCAAGGAGCGACGCGCCAAUGCGGAGUGGCUGCAGCAUGCGUGCACGCGGCUGCACGUACCGUUUUUUGCCGAACUGGACCUGCCGUCACGCAGCGAGAGCUCGACGACAUCGUCGCCGCCACCGUCCCCGUCGUCGACAAGCGAGUAUGCUCGUACAUGCUUCUCGAGCGCACACUUUGAGCGCGUGGCCGAGACGCAGGAGCGGCUCGUGCUGCAGCUACACACCAAGUAG